GUAGGUUUAUCGGAAGGUUUUCUCGAUCAUUAGAUCUUGUUACAAGAGACGUGGAUUGGACACAAACCCUUGAUAACUAACACAAAGAAUAGUGACACAAUAUUCCUAAUGAAAUUGUCGAAUAAGAGUCACUCUAUAGAAUAGGAUUAUUUGCAGACAAGCAAUAUUCUGAAUUGAAAUAAAACCAUCAAAGACACUUUUUAGAGGAUUUUAAGCGGAUUGAUGGUACCUGGAUUAGUGCAGCUGAGUAAGACAGUGAAAUUGUUUUUGUUUUAAAUAUAUCUUUAAUGUUUACUUUAUGCUUGGUAUUAGACUAAAGUGAGAUUUUUAAAGCUAUAGACCUGUAAAUGUGAAAUCAUAUGGAUUGUAUAAGCGGCAAAGCAUUACUACGGAAAUAGUUUACAACUUUAAACUGGUUUUGUCAUGCCACUUUUCGCAGCUGGAUUUGUUAAAUACUUGUUUUAGCAAUAAGGUCAUAAAGUGUUGAAACUCUGUACUAAAGUAGGAACACUAAGGCUUUGAUUAAAGCUAUGAUUAAAAUUAAAUGGAAAUUAAAUCCAACAACACCGGCAUUUCUGAUGUAAAACUACAUUAAUUUAAUUAAAGUUUAAACUCUACAUUUUGAAGUUGGAAUUGCUGUAGUAACAGUGUUUCAAAUAUUUGUUUUUGCAGCAAUGUGUUCUUUUAAUAUUGAUGAUUUGAUACUUGAGUUCUCGAUAUUAAAAACAGAUAUGGUUUGAGAUAUAAAGAAGAUUUCGUGGUGAAUGUAAUCCACUGAAAACAAUGAUGUUCAAAGUUAAAGCUUAUGUAACAGCGUGUUUCAGCAGCCCUUCUGUGAUAAUUACAUUAUCACUAUUGAAAACAGUUGUUUCAUACUGUCCUGACUCAGACCACUGGAGCGGGUGGUGGGGAUACAACGGCAUGAUGUCAGGACCGUUGAGUUGGGGAGAUCACAAUGACUGGAAAAUUUGCAAAACAGGAAAGAACCAAUCGCCGAUCGAUAUACUGCCAAACUCCCUGCUUUAUGAUCCACAGCUACAGCCUCUUAAAAUUGAAACGGCAUCGGUUAAUGGAGUACUUAGAAACGACAAAAGAGAUUUGACGUUUUUGAUUCAUAAUACGCUCGAACCAGGAGUAAACAUAACUUCAGGGCCUUUAUCGUAUACAUAUAAAUUAUAUCAAAUAAAAUUGCAUUAUGGAAGAUUAAAUACAACAGGUUCGGAGCAUCGAAUAGAUGGCAAAGCUUUUGCAGGCGAGUUGCAGUUUUUGGCAUUCAAUUCAGAACUUUAUACCAAUUAUACAGAAGCGCAAAUGAACCCACGUGGUAUAGCAGUUUUAUCAGUAUUUCUUUCUAUUGGAGACACAGGGAAUUCAGCAUUUGAAAUGUUUAGACAAAAAUUUGUACUUAUAACACAAAAAGAUUCUUGUACAGAAUUACAUGGUUUACCUAUAGAUAAGCUGCUGCCACGAACUGACCAAUAUAUGACGUACAGUGGAUCUUUGACUCAGCCUGGUUGCAGAGAAACUGUCACAUGGGUUUUACUGAAUAAACCAAUUUAUAUUUCGUAUCGGCAGAUGGCUGACUUAAGAGAAACACCUUAUCAAGAAUGGAUAUAUUCUAAUGCAAGACCUGUGAUGCCUUUAAAUCAUAGGACCGUCCGAACAAAUAUUAACUUCCGAAAAAGGACGCGUCUAUGCAGUAUGGAGAUUACUAAGAAAUAUGAAGCAAAUCCAGACGUUGGGCAAAGAUAGUUGACAAUUCAGAUAGCAUUAAAACGAGAUGCCAAAACCUGUGUAUUACUGUAUUGGUGAAUGCAUUUUGACUGGAUAUGAUACUGAACGAAAUGACGAGGAUUCUUGAUUGCCGGGAGUAACAAAGUUACAACAGCAUGUGACAGUAUUUAACGUCUAUCAGUUCAUUAGCGCGGAAGAGAAUUCUUCGAAAAUUCUCUUAAUUGUUCAGAGUGAAAUAUAUGUCAUUAAACGUAAUAAAAAGGGUGAAUAGAAUUAUAUAAUAUAUGACAUAAUUAUUGCUGAAUAUAAAGAUAUAAAAAUACUAUUGUGAUAAAACCUUUAAUAUGUUUAUAGAAGGAAAUAUCGUGAUGUUUCUGUUAAGUACGAGAAAGAAUGUCUUGUCCUUUGUGGAUGUAUACGUCUUAACAGUUAUUUAGAUUAUUAAGGUCCACAAAAAGCUAUCAUGAUAUCCACGAGGCCUGAAAUUAUCAUAUGGCCUAAAGAUUAAUGAUGAAUACCUUAAGAUAUAUAAAGCUGCCGUAUUUAUGACUAAAUGACUGGGGUACACGAUACUGUUGUGCAAAAUAUUAUACGUCAUGAUGUUUUAUACAUGUAUAUGCCUGUAGUGGAACUGCAAACAGUUGUUUACGGUAAUAGUUGCCUUCUAAUUAAUAGUGUCUAAUAAUAGGUUAGCUUAAUUGCUUGUUAAAUAAGUGCAAAAUUGACAUUUCCAAUGUACGUUGAAUGUAGAUUUUAUAGAAAGUGACGUGAAUAUAUAAAUAUGUGUGGUGUCAAGUCCAACAGAACCAUUUAACAGAGUGACGUUGAGUUUCGAAUGACGCUUUGAUAGUAUUUACUCAUACCAAGUCCACGUGCUUAUUGUUACUUAUUUCAUUUUCACAAAUCUUAAUACAAAAGAAAUAAAAUAUAGAAUAUUUCUAACUGUGCAUUACAGUAACUGUAGUACAAAAUACUGAAAAAGAUCACUCAGGUUGUCCCUUUGAUGGACAGACUUGUAUAUGAUUAAUUGCUAAAAGUGUUUUAUAGAAUUUUGUUUCAGUAUGUAACUGGUAUGCAUAAAUUAUCAAUAAUAUUCAGGACAUGCAUUUCCUUAAGGUGGCACGGCAUGUUUCAAGAUACAUCUCAAGUUGUGUUUUUAUUAACUGAAAUUUUAAUGUUUUCUUCAAUCAUUUUUGAAAUAUUAAAGCAUGAGCAUACUAUACAAUGAAACCUCUGUGGAUACAAGUUUGUCCAAUAAAGAUUAUUGUACCCCCCGACAACAAAGUUGUAAGGGGGGUAUACUGGUUUCAGGUUAUCCGUCUGUCUGUCUGUCUGUCUGUCCGUCGACACAGUUUUGUGCUCUCCUCAUCCCCUUGACAUAAUUUAAUGAAACUUCACACAAGUGAUCAGUAACAACAGAAGUUGUGCAUGGGGCAUGUUAGGUUCUUUCAGAAAAGAAAAUUGCAGAGUUACGGGACUUUGUUUUUUGUUACUAUACUAUAUACAUAGACACAAUCUUGUGCGCACUAUCUCUCCUCAUCCCCUUGACACAAUUAAAUGAAACUUCACACAAGUGAUCAGUAACAACAGUAGUUGUGCAUGGGACAUGUUAGGUUCUUUCAGAAAAUGUUUUUGCAGAAUUACGGGACUUUGUUUUUUGUUACUAUACUAUAUACAUAGACACAAUCUUGUGCGCACCAUCUCUCCUCAUCCUCUUGACACAAGUUAAUGAAACUUUACACAAGUGAUCAGUAACAACAGUAGUUGUGCAUGGGGCAUGUUAGGUUCUUUCAACAACAAAACUUGCAGAGCUAUGGGACUUUGUUUCUUGUUAACAUACUAUGUACAUACAGUCUGCAUAUGCAAUCUUGUGCGCGCCUAAUCUUCCGAACCCUUGCACACAAUUUAAUGAAACUUCAUACAAGUGAUCAGUACCAACCCUAGUUGUGCACGGUGCAUGUUACGUUCUUUUAGAUAAAUAUUCUGCAUAGUAAUGUGACUUUGUUUUUUGUUACGAUACUGUAUACAUACAGUCUAUAUACAUACAGUCCACAUAAUUAUGCAAUCUUGUGUGCGUCAAAUUGCAAUGUACUGUAUCAGUGCAUGUGGGGUGUACAUUCAUCACCUUCAGUGAUAGCUCUAGUUACACAUGGUAGGCUUAUUUACUAGGUUGCAUCUUAUGAGAGAGAAGUAUUUUAUUCGGAAAACGUUUGCGUUUUGGAGAUGUCGUUUACAGAGCAAAUGCAAUAUAUAGCAUAUCUUCAACAAAUACAGUCACAAUUAGAUGUGAAAGUUGUGACGAUAUUGCCUGUACACAUUUUAAAAUACAUGAACUGGCGUAAUUUGGUACCCUGUCUCAUGCAUGUUAUUCAAUAAUCUUGUACAGUAUCACGCAUAAGUAAAUACUAGUGUAUCGGUACACUGUAAUAUUGGUUACUGAAAACACAUACAAACAUAUUUUCACGUGUUAAAGUGACAGAUUAAUUGUUCAUUAUGAUUGCGUGUAGUGAGUGUUACCAACCUUUCAACCAGCCUUUCAAUAGGUACAGCAAAAUGGUUCUCUGCACACAUAAAUUGUUACACGUCAGAAACAAAUAGGUGUUUUGUGUUUUACAAGCCACAAAUCUCUUUGAACUGUUCAGCUGUGAAGGGGAAUAAUUUUCAAGACGUUAUUAGUUUGGUGUAUAGAAAUUAUCAUAUACAUGUACGUUACUUGUAAAUGGUGCUAAACAUUAAGCAUGUUCAAUUUCUUAUUGCAUAGACGUCUGCUGUGUGUAGUGCAAAGA